UUUGCUCUAAGUUGUGUUGCAAAGAGUUGAGGUAGGCAUGUUCGUGUGAGUGGGGGUAGUGCAAAGGGAUUGAUAUAGUGAUAUGAUAAAGGAUUUACCAUUAAUAUAGCAAUUAUUUCCAAAUGAUAACCCCUUAUAAAGGUCACUCAAUUAGAAAGUAUAGGUUACCUACCCCAUUAAAGAUAAAGAUGUAGGGUUGAAAAUAACCUGGAUAAAGGGUUGUAGUGACAAGUCAGCCAUGCACAUAUGCACACACACAUUAUUAAAAUGACUAAGCACUAUGACACUAAUUAAAUGGAUUUGCCAGAGGGGUGUGUGUAUGAACAAAAUGUGGAAGAAUAGAGGUUGAAGACAGUCUUCUGUGACUAACAUAGCAACAGUGCUGCAUGGCCACCGGUGCUCUGUGACAGCUGGGUCCAGUUGAACUGACAGUGUGGUUUUGGAGCUCCAUUGGUUGACAAAGUUAUCAAUCCCGGGAGCAGAUCCGCCCAUUGUCCCUGGCGCGGCAUGGGAAAGAACCCCUUUGAAGUCGAGAGGGCGGUGCCAAGAAAUGUUGCCAUGUGGUGCUGAAGAGCGGCGUUCUCAUUGGUUCACAGGAACACGGUCAACGCCCAUUUCUGAAGGAUAUCCCAUCUGAUUGGCUAAAUCGGCCACCCCAGAUUCGCCGUUUUGCGCGUUCACAGUUUUCCUAUUCUCCAUCGACGGCUACGUCAACAGCGUGAACCUCCGUCAACGACGGCGGAGCGGUCCCGGUAACCUUUUACGGAAACGGCGCAACUAACGUGCGUGGCGACAAAGACAGCGAGCCCGAACCUAUGGGGAAGGAAAAAAAAAAAAAAAAAAAAGAAAAAGGAAAUUCGGUAUCGUCGCACUGUGUGCCUAAAGACCAUCAUUUUCUGAAGAGGUCGCUGCCCCGGAGCAUCGGUGAGGACACCGACAUUUGACGGCAACGAGGGCGGUCUCCGAUCCGGCGCAGAGCCUUUGAAUCCGUUGAGGAAAACUGUGGCAACUAGCAGGUUUUUCCGUCGGUCUGUAGGCUAGGGUGUAUAGCGAGGCAGCCGCCAUGGCAGUCGGAUCACUGAGCCUCCACAUCGGGAUAUAAAGAGGAACUACAUGUGUCCCUGAUCGUCCAGAAAACACCGCAUUCACCGCAGACCCGCACCGGACCGGCUCUCCUCUCUGCUCUCCUCUCGACCCUUGUCCUCUUUGUCAAACUGAUUCCGCAUCAAGAAAGAAAUCUCGACUGGUUUUAAUCGAGGGGGGGCCACAGGGAGAGGCCAGAUUCAUGCCUAUUUUAGUCGGGGACGUGUCUUCAAAAGGACCGCUGAAGGGAAACCUGGAAUAUAAGGAGGACAUGCUGCUCUGAUUGUCUGGCCGGUGGGCAGGGACAGGGUAGUUUAUUAGCUGAUAAGAACCAACGUGAGGCUGAAGGAUAAAGGGAUUUUUCUUUCUGCCUUUCCUGUCAAUUAUAGUGUUAUUCAUUCACUGUGUUUUUUUGGAUGAGAAGAUCCGGCGGAUCGAUCAGCCCCGUUUAGAGAGCCACAGUCUCCCGAGAGAGAGAGAGAGAGAGAGAGAAGCAGAGGGGAUCGGAUCAUGUCGGGUCGGCCCAGGACCACAUCCUUCGCGGAGAGCUGCAAGCCAGUGCCGCAGCCCUCUGCUUUCGGCAGCAUGAAAGUCAGCAGAGACAAAGAUGGCAGCAAGGUAACAACAGUCGUGGCCACCCCAGGCCAAGGCCCCGACCGGCCACAGGAGGUGAGCUACACAGACACUAAGGUCAUCGGCAACGGCUCGUUUGGCGUCGUCUACCAGGCUAAACUCUGCGACUCCGGAGAGAUGGUGGCCAUCAAGAAAGUCCUGCAAGACAAGAGGUUCAAGAACCGCGAGCUGCAGAUCAUGAGGAAGUUGGACCACUGCAACAUAGUCCGUUUGCGCUACUUCUUCUACUCCAGUGGAGACAAGAAAGAUGAAGUGUAUCUGAACUUGGUUCUGGAUUACGUUCCUGAGACGGUCUACAGAGUGGCCAGACACUACAGCCGAGCCAAGCAGACUCUGCCCAUGGUUUAUGUCAAGUUGUACAUGUACCAGCUGUUCAGGAGCCUGGCCUACAUCCAUUCUUUUGGGAUCUGUCAUCGGGACAUCAAGCCCCAGAAUCUGCUGCUGGAUCCAGAGACCGCUGUGCUCAAGCUCUGCGACUUCGGCAGUGCUAAGCAGCUGGUCCGUGGGGAGCCUAAUGUGUCCUACAUCUGCUCACGCUACUAUCGAGCCCCUGAGCUCAUCUUUGGUGCCACUGACUACACUUCCAGCAUAGAUGUGUGGUCAGCUGGCUGUGUUCUGGCAGAGCUGUUGCUAGGACAACCAAUCUUCCCUGGUGACAGUGGAGUGGAUCAAUUGGUUGAAAUUAUCAAGGUUCUCGGGACUCCAACCCGAGAGCAGAUCCGUGAGAUGAACCCCAACUACACUGAGUUCAAAUUCCCCCAGAUUAAGGCACAUCCAUGGACUA